AUGUCCGAUAUGGAAGCGCAAGCUAAAAAAAGAAGAAAGACAAGAAACGAGAUGGUUAAUGAAAUAAUUAUGGAAUCGGUAGCUACAGAACAAAACGUCAUAUCGAUUCAGAAGCAUUUUGCUGAAUCAGUUUUGUCGACGCCGCAGUCAAAUCGACCUUUUUCUGAAAUUGUACACUCAUCCCACGACGCGGACGAAAUCCAUUCCCUUUCUAGCGAGUCCAGUGGUGAAGAGAUUAUACAGUGUACAAAAAUGGAGCAAACUUUACAGUACAUGAAAGAAGCUAUAAACGAGGACAACUCCGUGACACCAAUGGGAUCAUGUGAAGCUGAAUCAUUUUCUCGACUUGAGCCAAAUUAUGACAUUGAAGAUAGUAGCAGUUAUCAUUGUACUUCAAGGAAUGAUGUACUGUUAUCGAACGAGAACGAUGUGGAUGAAGAAAAUGACUGGGUUCUUGACUACUUAGACAAGAUACAGGAGGCCCUUCAAGAAGAAAUGGACAACAUCACGAAAGACGUUAACGAAGAAGUAGAUGAUGAGGAAGUUUGGUACGACUCGUUGGACGAGAUCAGCAACUUUCAAACACAACAAGGUACUGUGGACAACGAUUAUGAAGAAAAUGCUGACUCCAAACCACUCCUAUGCCUUCAAGACUUGACCGUCCCAGGAAAUAUGAGCUUCUUCAUAGAAAUUUCUAUCGAAGAUCAAAUACGAUCAUUGUUUGCGAAAACAGGGAUUUGGAACUUACUUAACUAUCGCUUCUCGCGAGUUAAAAGAGGAAUAAAUAAUAUUGAAGAUAUCUACGAUGGGAAACAAUAUCGAAGAUUUUUCGGGAACGGCGGAAUACUUGACGAUCAAAGGAACAUUUCGUUAACUUGGAAUACGGAUGGAAUACCAGUAUUUAAAUCUUCAAAAGUUGCAAUAUGGCCUCUAUACUUUGUGGUCAACGAACUACCUUACGCGCAAAGAAUUUCGAGAAGUAACAUGAUCGUCGCUGGUUUAUGGUUUGGCAGCAGCAAGCCAAAUAUGCUAACAUACUUAAAACCCUUCCACUCCAGUUUGAAAAAAUUAGAAACUAAUGGAAUUCGAGUUGAAAAUCCAGAACAAGGAUCUUUUGUAAGCCGAGCGAUUUUGUUAGCUGGAACAUGCGACCUCCCAGCUAAAUGUAUGGUAUGCAACUCAAUCCAAUUUAAUGGUCAAUAUGGCUGCCUAAAAUGCAAGCAAGCGGGGGAAACAUUUCGAACUGAAAAGGGAGGGAUAGUACAUAGCUACCCAUUCAAGCAAGAUAAUCCGAAAGGCCCAGAGCGGACUCAUGAAGAAACUCUAGAGCAUGCCAAACAAGCAGUUACAGAUGGCAAGCCAUGCAAUGGUAUUAAAGGUCCAUCAUGGCUCGCAGGCCUGAAACACUAUGACAUUAUUAAAGGAACUGGCAUAGACUAUAUGCACGCAGUACUUUUAGGUGUUAUGAAAUUGCUUUUAAAUUUGUGGUUUGGAACGAAUCGCAAUUUCCCCUUCAGCAUAUCUCAUAAGAUAAAUCAAGUUGAUAAGCGUCUUCUUUCAAUUAGGCCACCAGAUUGUAUAUCACGAUGCCCACGUUCAAUAGAAGCUCAUAGAAAGUAUUUUAAGGCUUCGGAAUUGCGUUCUUUUCUAUUGUUUUACGGACCAGCUAUACUUCUAACUAUUUUACCAACCGAAUACUAUGAUCAUUUUCUUCUUCUAAGCGAAGCGAUAUACGUUUUGUUACAGCAAUCUAUUACAGUUGAUGAGAUAGCGCAUGCUGAGCGGCUUUUAUUCCAUUUUUGUGUUAUGUUUGAGACAUUGUACGGUAAAAGAUAUCAAACAGCAAAUAUUCACUGCCUUGUUCACUUGGCAGAUAACGUGAGGGAAUUAGGACCGUUGUGGACUCACUCCUGUUUCCAUUUCGAAGACAAAAACGGUUUUCUCUUAAAAACUAUUCACGGUACCCAGCAGAUUCAUUUUCAGUUGAUAUCGGCAAUUUCUAUUUCUAAGCGUAUACCAGAACUCGAGAAAGAUUUUCUUUUGGAUGGGACUCAUGAAUGCGAAUUUUACCACAAACUCACGGGAAAAGUUAAAUUAGCUAAAAAUGAAGUACAACUUUCAACAGAGUGCUUCGCAAUCGGUGGAGCAAGUUGGCGUCAGCUUUCACCGGUCGAAUUUGAUAUGUUUUCAAAAACAUUCGGUUCUGUCCCGCCAAAUAUGAAAGUGCAAACGUUUUCCCGUAUUAGAAAAGCGAAGUGUAUUUAUCACUCAAAAAUGUAUAAACGUGUUCAAAGCAGAAAUAGUUAUACAAUUAGGUUUGCGGAUCAGGACAAUGAGAGCGGUUACGGACUUAUCGAAUAUUUUGCUCAGUUUAAGCCGGUGUGUUUGUGUGUUGAAGUAGAAUGUAAAUGUCCUAAUUUCAAUUUCGCCGUCGUUUCUACUCUUUCAAAAAUCAACAUGAGCCUUAUUGAUGACGAUAUUACACAUGCCACAGUUCCAAACAUUAUUGUAGUUGCACCAACGGAAACUAAUAAAAUUCAAAUUAUUGACAUUGCAAAAAUACAAAAUAAGUGCACAUACAUGGAGUUUUGUGACUCCCCGCAUCACGUAUUUCUUGCACAGUUUCCUAACUCAGUCGAGACAGAUUAG